ACCAAUUCAUUGAAAAGAUCCGACUCAAAAGAACAAUUCGUUCAGACAACGAGACACGUGCUCAGACACUACGGGGGUAGAAAUAGUACAAACCAUGGCAUUCAGUUUCAACUUUGAUAUUCCUUUACAGACAGAAGAAGAAACAAAUGAUAAAGAAAAGAAAGACGACAACUCAAAAGAUGUGCAUCUUAAAUGCUCGGAAUCCAGUGUAACCGUCCCAACGAAGAUGAAGAAUGCUAUUGAGCACGAACCUUUGUUGGAUCCUCUCUCCCACAUUGAGAACUGGGUGCCUGAAACCAUCACCAUAGGUGCCCUGCCUCCCCUGCUCUUUCUCAAUGAAUCAGUGUUUGAGAAGACCGCUCCUGAACGAGAGGACAGUGAGGAGAUACUGGCCAAAACACUGACCCAAAACUCUGACCUCAUCACUGGAGUGUAUGAGGGUGGACUUAAGAUAUGGGAAUGCACGUAUGAUCUCCUUGAGUACAUUGACGAUGAAGGAGUGACCUUUGCUGGAAAAAGGGUGUUAGACUUGGGCUGUGGAGCAGGUCUACUUGGCAUACUUGCAUUGAAGAGAGGAGCCUCCAAAGUUGACUUCCAGGAUUAUAACAGCACAGUGAUAGAGCAGUUAACGGUGCCAAAUGUGUUUCUCAAUUGUGAAGAAGAUGAUGAGACCGAUGAGAGAAAUGGCAGCCCACCGUCUAAGAGGAAAGCCCUGAAUUCAUCACAGAAACUACUAGAGCGUAGUGGUUUCUUCUCCGGCGACUGGAACUCUUUUCUCACACUUAUGCAAAAUAAAACCUCAUUACCAAAAUAUGACAUUAUCUUUACAUCAGAAACCAUAUACAACACAGACUACUACUCUUCUCUUCAUAGUGUGUUUUGUGGCCUGCUUGCUGAGGAUGGGCUUGUUUAUUUGGCAACCAAGUCUCACUAUUUUGGAGUAGGAGGUGGCCUUCAUCUGUUUGAGAAGUUUGUGGAGCAGAAUAAUGUCUUUCAAGUCAAACAUUUGAAGGAUGUGGAACAAGGCCUGAAGAGACAUGUUGUGUCAUUGACAUUCAAAAAGUGACAUUCAAAUUGUAUUGAUAAGUGUUAAUGUGCACACCACAUUAUGGUGCAAGUUAACAUAAUGGAACACUCCACUUUUGUUGAAAAUAGGCUAAUUUUCCAACUCCUCUAUAGAGUUGAACAGUUGAGUUUUACCGUUUUUGAAUCCAUUCAGCUGAUCUCCGGGUCU